AUAUGCGGUCCACACUGAGGUUUGUCAAGGACAAGAGCGACGAACCGAUCACCUUGUCCUUAUGAUUGUGUACUUUGAUGCCACACGACAAUAAAUGCGAAAUGUAAUUAAUUCUAAAAUGACUAGUUGCGACCAAGUGAAGCCCGCAAAUUGGAAUCUUUCUUUGGCUUAUCGCAAAGGGUUUUAUUUCAACGGAGCAGUGUACUACUUCCGCGUAGAAUUAGUCAAUGUGUUCACAUUGCACAGCCAAGUUCUGGGAAACUUACUUACGAGUUUUCCAAUGCUUGGAGCUGCAAGCGAUGUAUAAGUAGUCGGGCAUCAACAAGUGAAGCAAUGGACAAAGGUAACCAAGAUACACAGAAUAUGGAGGGCCAGGCAAGCUGCUUGAUUCUUGCACUUUUAUGGGUCCUUCACCUGGCCUGUACAAUUGAAACCUCCAGAGUACCCAAAGAGAACCCAGGAAAGGAAAUGAAUUGAGUCGGGCUAGUUUUCAGCACGAACUCAACCAUAGGGAAGGUGGUGGAGAGUUGUAUAUCCAUGGCACACUCUGAUUUUUACGGCGCGCACCCUGAUUACCGUACUCGGUUGUCGCUUCUCGUCAGAGAUCCGAAGGACGACGUCGUCGGCGCAGCAUUGGCAGUUGAAGACUUGAUGGAGAAUGAAGAAGUCCAUGCAAUCCUGGGCCCAGAAUGGUCCUCACAAGCCAAAUUUGUUAGCGACUUAGGAGUAAAAGCUCAAGUCCCGAUCAUAUCCUUCUCAGCUACAAGCCCAUCCCUUUCUACCAGAGGAAGCCAUUAUUUCGUUCGGACAGCCUACAGUGACAGUUCACAAGUUGGUGCUUUAGCGGCUAUCGUUCAAGCUUAUGGUUGGAGGGAAAUAGCUCUUGUUUAUGAAGACACUGACUAUGGCAACGGCUUGGUUCCAUACCUUGUCGACGCGUUCCAAGAUGUCGAUGCUCGGAUCUCUUACAGAAGCGUUAUUCGUCCGAUCUGCAGAGGAUGUCGACGUUGUAAAAGAGCUCAAUAAGUUGUUGACCAUACAGACCAGAGUGUUUCUUGUUCACAUGACUGCUGUGAUCGGGUCUAGGUUCUUUAUUCUAGCGAGUAAUGCGGGAGUGAUGAGCGAGGAGUUUGCGUGGAUUGUCACCGAUGGUUUGUCGUCUUUACUAGACCCAGUCAGCUCUGAUGCUUUGAACUCAAUGCGAGGUGUACUAGGUGUAAGGCCAAUUCUACCACCAUCGGAUUCUCUUAAAGAUUUCGAAGAGAGAUGGACAAAGCAUUACCCCGAGAUAAAUUCGCACGACGAGAUUGCUGAUCUCAAUCUAUUUGGCUUAUGGGCAUACGACACCGUUACAGCACUAGCAUUAGCAGGAGAGAUGGCAUGGGAGCCUGCACAGUCUAGAUACUUAAAGC